GACAAAUCUCUCAGCCAUCUUUGCAACUGUGCUGCAGCCAUACAGCAGCACCCCCCUGGAAGCAGCCACUUCUGAUAACCCCGCCUCUGCCGGCACCACUGGUAUCUCUAGCACCAGCAUCGAUGUAUCUGCAGCAGCAGCAGAGCCAGCAGCAGCAGCUACAGCAGGCGCAUUAGAGCCAGCAGCAGGUGCAGCAGGGGAAGGUGGCAGCAGUGUGAUUUUCCUUGCAGCGAUGGCGUAUGCGAGGGUGUAUGGAGAGGACCGGUUCAACUUCACUGCUUAUGAAAUCUGGCAGUGGUUGGAGUAUGGGCGGUAUGCGGGGGUGCAGCAUGUGUUCUGGUACGACACUGCACACUCCCAGGAAGAGAGCCAGGAGGCGGCUCUGGCAGCGUAUGUGGGGGCGGGCGUGCUGACAUACCACCGCUUCUACCGCCUCUUCCCCGAGUGGCAUGACAUUCACUACGAGCAGGACUCCUCUGUCUCGCACUUCCUCAAGACGUACGGCACGCGGGUGCGGUGGGCGGUGCUGUGCGACAUAGACGAGUACAUGUUCAGCCCCUCUGACACCCUCCCUGGCUUUCUCCUCCGCUUCCUCACACGCCACGUGCAGCCCGCUAGUAAUGCCACGGCACAGGUCCUCGUGCAGAAUCUCUUUUUCCAGGGCGCGCCCACAUGCGCGCCACCGUGCCUCCUAGUGGACGCGUACACACAGAGGAGCGCGCACACGGAGGGGCCAGUAGCGCGCACCAAGGCCAUUGUGCGCGUGGCCCAGGUGCAAGGAAACUUUGGCGGCAACCCGCACAAGUUCUGGAUGAAGGGCGAGGCUAUUGGGGGGGAAGUGGGGGAGGUGGCUUUAGGUGGAAAGGCGGAGGGUGGAGGAGGAUGGGACGAGGGCGGGGAAUGGGGAAUGGGGGGCGGGGAGGGUAGUGGGGAGGGAGAGGGAGGUGGGGAUGGGGAGCGUGGAGCAGGUGGUGUAAUGGGGGCCAGGCGAGGGAGGGUGACGGUGGUUGCAGACCCGUCGUUGCUGCGUAUGAACCACUACUGGGGCUUGAGAGCUGUUGACUUCAACCCAUGGCCAGAGCACGACCGAGACAAGCUGAUUCCAGAUGCGUCCGUAGGGGUGAGUGUUGAAUGGGCAGGUGGGUGUGCUGGAUAG